ACCUCUCACUAAAGCCCCUUAAGAGAGAAAAGUAGAGAGAGAAAGAGAGAGAGACUUCUCUGAUCUAUGAGACCCAUUUAAUUUUCUUUUUUCUUUUUUCGGGUAUUGAUGUAUUAAGAAAGCAAUAUAUAUUUUCAUGGGGGGGUGUUAGGCAAUUGAGUUUUCGUUAGACAAGACGACGAGGGCCUACCAAUAAUCUCUCAAAAGUCACUGUUUGGAUCACUUCCUUAUUACGCUUAAUUGUGUUCAUUUCUGUCAAAGGAAUCCCAUCUGAAUUAUGCAUUAUUCAUCGCCAAUUCUCAUCUAAAGUUUGGUCGACUAACUACCUGUUUCUCACCGGAACUUCUUUUUGGAGCUGAAUUUCCAGCAAACCGAAUUUUCUAAGAAGAGAAGUGAAGUGAAUUUCGGCAAAUAAUCUACAAGUUGUGAAGUUAGUUUUACAGAAGAUUGCUCUUAAUGCGCCUCCAAUUUUUGUUGGAGGCGGAUCUGAAAUUGAAAGAGUGUUGAGUAAAUAGAAUUUUCGAGUUACGGAACAGCUUAGCGAAAUUCAGUUGAAUUGUGUGUAAUUACUUUGAUCUGGCGAACACACAAUUCAAGUACUGUGAUGGAGCUGCCUCAGCCCAGACCGUUUGGAACAGAAGGGAGGAAGACGACGCAUGAUUUUCUUUCACUGUAUUCACCUGUUCAACAAGAUCCAACACCUCCGCAAGCAGGUGGAUUCCUAAAAACACAUGACUUCUUGCAACCACUGGAGCAAGCAGAGAAGGCAUUAAGGAAGGAAGAAGACAAAGUUGAGGUUGUGGCUGUAGAGAAGCCUCCAGCACCGGUAGCUUCUCCUUCAGUAGAGCAUAUUCUUCCUGGUGGCAUAGGCACCUAUAGCAUUUCGUAUUUGCACCAAAGGGUACCAAAGCCAGAAGCAAGCUUGUUUGCCGUAGCACAGGCAACUAGUACCGACAGAAAUGACGAAAAUUCAAACUGCAGUUCUUACACAGGAGGGAGUGGCUUCACAUUGUGGGAUGAAUCUGCAGUCAAGAAGGGAAAGACAGGGAAGGAGAAUUCUGGGGGUGAUAGACACGCCCUAAGAGAAGCAGGUCUGAACACUGGAGGUGGUCAACCUACGACAUCAUUAGAAUGGCAAUCACAAUCGUCGUCAAAUAAACACAACACUACGGCCAUAAGUUCACUCUCAUCCGCUCGACAAUCAUCGCCUCUUAAGAGCCAGAGUUUUGUACACAUGAUAAGAUCAGCUAAGAAUGCCCAAGAUGACGACGACGACGAUGAUGAUGAAGAUUUUGUGAUUAAGAAAGAACCACAGUCGCACCCCAGAGGUAAUUUGUCCGUAAAAGUUGACGGAGAAGGCAAUGAUAAAAAGCCAAACACCCCACGUUCAAAGCAUUCAGCAACAGAGCAACGGAGAAGAAGCAAGAUCAAUGACAGAUUUCAGAUGUUGAGAGGGAUCAUCCCUAACAGUGAUCAGAAAAGAGAUAAAGCAUCAUUCUUACUGGAGGUUAUUGAAUAUAUUCAUUUCCUACAAGAGAAAGUGCACAAGUAUGAGGAAUCAUACCAAGGCUGGGAGAAUGAACCUUUGAAGUUACCAUUGACCUUCAUUCUGAAACAGAGCAAGUGUCAUAGGACGACUCAAGGUGCAAGCAAUCAUCCUCAGGGCACUAUCAAUGCAUCAGGUGCUGCCCCGACGUAUGCAGUAAAGUUCGAUGAGAACAUAAUGGGGAUUUCUUCUACUAAUCCUUUUAAUGAGAAAAAAGUGGAACCGAACAUAAGCACCACAAGUUUAAAAGAAAUCAGCCAGCGGCCUGGUUUAACAAAUAAGGUGACAACACCUUCUAUGCACCCAAACGCAUUUCCAUUUGGUGCGGCUAGUAGCACAGCAGCUCUAUAUUCAUCAAAGCUGACAGCUGAUACUGCUAAGUUGGAGUCAAAGUCUCAUCCUCAACUUUCGGUUAGCAGAUCACAUAUGACUGACUAUGCUAUUCCAAAUGCUAAUCCAAAAGGCCAGGAUCUUUCUAUAGAAAGUGGUACCAUCAGCAUUUCUAGUGCCUAUUCUCAAGGGUUGUUGAACACCUUGACACUAGCGCUGCAGAAUUCUGGAGUAGAUUUGUCGCAAGCCAAUAUCUCUGUGCAAAUUGAUCUUGGGAAGAGAGCAAAUGGUAGACUACAUUCUUCAGCUUCCACUGUUAAGGGUGACGAUGUUUCCACAAGCAAUCAACCAAUUCCAAAAUCCAUAGGUACAAGCACAAGGGAUGAGUCUGACCGUGCCUUCAAAAGGCUGAAAACUAGUUAAUGCUAAUUUAACACACUGGUGUUCUUUUUUUUUUUUUUUUUUUUUUUUUUUUUUUGCAAUUGGUUAAAUUUAUUUGUUUUUCUCUUCCGCUUCGCCUACUCCUUCCCCUUCUCGAGCAAUAUUGACGUCCACACCUGGUACAGAAAUUUCCCAAAUGAGAGUUUCCAGGACACUGUAUAUGCAAUGUAAUAUUUUUCUGCCUCUCAUUUUCCCUAUUGAAUUUGUUGGGCUGCACAGAUUUCCUUGACUAGAGUGUGAUAUUUAUUACUUAUAGUAAACUAUUGUAUCAUUAUUAAGGCUUUCCGUGCUGAUAAUGAGAAGCAGCAGUUUCAAGUUUAAGGCUUUCA